AUGCCUGUGUCCCUUCUCUCACCAAACUCAGGGCUCCGACCAGCCAGCAUGGUGGUCCUGCACAGGUCCCUGGCUCCAGCCUUUGAAAAGUUCUGCCAAGCCAACAAUGGCCCUCUGCCCCUACUGGGCCUGACUGAGCCAGGCAAGUGGACGUUGCCUACCCCGAACGCUGUUCUGGACACCAGGACAGGGUGUCCCUAGUUCCGGAAGUACGAGUUUGUUGCCCACAGAGGCAGCCUGACCUCCUUGGAGGAGUACUCGGAGCAGCUGAGGGACAUGGUGACCUUCCGCCCGGACUAUAGCUCCUCCCUGGAAGCAGCCUUGGAGAAGGUGGGGCUCCCCAGAAGAGACUCCGUAGGGCAUGGUCACGUGGGUGCGUACGAGACGACAGCGCCUUGUGCCACCAUUGCUGGCUUUUGCUGCCACCUGGUGGUCACAAUGCAGCCCAUCCCCAAGAACAAGCUGGAAGGGCUGGUGCGGGCCAGUUGCUCCCCAGGGAAUAAGGGACAUCCCAUUCAUAUCGGCGACCCAGAAUGGUUGGGAAUCAAAGAUCUUUCUAGACCUGACCAUGGGGAGCCUGUGGUGUGUCAGCCGGGGGACGUCCCAGUGUUCUGACCUUCUCCAAUGACCAGCCUCGAAGCUGUCAGCAGCUGCAAGACCCCGCUGGCUUUCACCAGUGCACUGGGUUGCAAAGUCAUGACCAACUUGAAGAAUACAGAGGCUCCACCCAGUUGUCUUACCCCUGAGGGAAUUCCUGAGGUCCAUCCCAUUUCCCAAGAUCCUUUGCACUACAGCAUCGCAUCGGCUUCAACUGUUCAGAAGAUUAGAGAACUAGAGACUAUAAUUGUCAUAGACCCAGGCCACCGGAGGAUCGGGCACCUGCUCUGUAAAGAUGAGCUGCUGAGGGCCUCCCUGUCACUGUCCCACGCCCGCUCGGUGCUCGUCACCACCGGCUUCCCCACUCGCUUCAACCAUGAGCCCCCAGAAGAGACAGACGGCCCAUUAGGAGCCAUUGCUCUGGCCGCCUGCCUACAGGCCUUGGAGAAGGAGGUCUCCGUGAUCGUUGACCUGAGAGCUUCGGGUUUGUUCAAGAAACUUGUUGAAGAUGCCGUUGAGCAAGGGGUCCUGAAGACACAGAUCCCCAUAUUAACUCUCCAAGGUGAAUCAGCAGGAGCUGCUCAGGCAUUUCUCUGCAAAGAUGGGGACCCCAAGCCACCCAGAUUCGACCAUCUGGUGACAAUUGAGCGCACAGGAAGGGCCGCCAAUGGUAAUUGCUAUAAUGCGAGGAAGAUGAGCAUCAGGCACUGGGUUGACCCCACUGAUGAUCUUUUCCUGGCAGCACAGAAGAUUCCUGGAAUCUCAGCUACUGGGGUCGGUGGGGGCAAUCAGCUUGGGAAGGGCAAAGUCAAGGAGGCUGUGAAAAGACACAUACGAAAUGGGGAUGUGAUUGCCUGUGAUGUGGAGGCUGACUUUGCCGUCAUCACUGGUGUUUCUAACUGGGGAGGCUGUGCCUUGGCCUGUGUGCUGUACAUCCUCAACUCAUGUGAGGUCCACAGACAUUACCUAAGGGAGGCAGUUGGACCCUCCAGAGCAUCUGGGGAGCAGGACUGGGCUCAGGCCCUUCCAUCCGUUGCUAAAGAAGAAAAAAUGUCGGGCGUCCUGGUGCGGCACCAAGUCCAGAGUGGAGUCUCAGCCGAGGUGGGCCCGGAGGUAGAUGGGCUGCCCUUCCACGGCACCCACGCCCAGAUGAUCCAGAAGCUGGUAGAUGUCACUGCAAUGGGUGUGUGACUGUGCAUGUAGAGUGCGUACCAGAUGGCCAUGCCUGGAACUAGGAGGGAGUUUCCUGAGGGCCCCGAGCUCCUUUCCACAGGGUCCUGGGUGAGCAGCGCCUGUGACAGGACAGCGCAGACAUUGGGGACUGAGGAGGAUGUUUCCUCAGGGCUUCCAGUCCUUUGCUUUUCUUCCUAAGUGCUAAGAGGGAUUGAUUUCAACCCUCCUCCUCAGGCUUCUUCAGAGCACCCACAUGGUCUGCUCUGAGAGUUUUCCGAGGCACCACUUAUGGGGACAAGAGUAGGCAUGACUAGAGCCAUGAAUAAACCCAAGGCUAAUUAAGAAAUAGUAAAA